AUGACCUCCAAAUACAAUAAUUUCGAAGAGGCACUGGAAUUGAUGAUAGUGCCCAAGAUCUUGGAAAACCAACCCUGCACAACAUUAGAUGAAAAUGAGCUGACCAUCCCGAACGAACUAGAACUCGCAGAUCCGACGUUCUACAAAUCCGGCGAAAUAGACAUUCUCAUAGGAGCGAGAGUGUUCUUCAAAAUAUUAGGGCCCGGUCGACUCAACACUAUGAAUGGCCCCAACUUUCAGGAAACGAUCCUAGGUUGGGUAGCAUGUGGAGUACUUCAACAAGGGAGUUCCACAACAAUUGACACAGCAAUAGUUUAUGUUGCCAAAAAUGAAUCAAAUUUCCCCCAAGAUGAAUUAGCCAAACUUAUCGAGAAGUUUUGGCGUCUCGAAGAAUCUGCUGAUGGCAGAUAUAUCACCCGCAUACCAUUAUGCGGAGAUCCAUCAUCAUUGGGGGACUCGUAUCAACAAGCUCACAGAAGAUUUCUCUCACUGGAGCGAAGACUUCAAAACAACCAAGAUCUCUACGAAGAAUAUCGCACAUUUAUGAACGAAUAUGAACAUAUGGGACACAUGGCACCCAUCACAGCUGACGAUUUUCAUAAAGUUAAAUACUUUAUACCUCACUCAUGUGUAGUAAAGCCUGAAUCAAUCUCUACCAAAUUAAGGGUAGUGUUUGAUGCCAGCGCGAAAACAUCGAACGGAAUAUCCCUCAACGAUAUUCAAAUGGUGGGACCCACCAUCCAAAAGGAACUCUUCGAUCUACUGAUUGAGUUCAGAACUCACAACAAGGUAUUAGUGGCAGACGUCGCCAAAAUGUACAGACAAACACUUGUCGCAUACGAAGACACUUGGCUACAAUGCAUAUUGUGGCGCAACAACCCCAACGAGCCUAUGAGAGCAUACAGAUUGACGACUGUCACAUACGGUGAAGCGUCUUCCUCGUUUUUAGCCUGUCGAGCUCUACAUGAAGCUGCAGAAGACUAUCGUGAAGUAAACGCAAAAGUAGCAGAUGCAAUUCAAAACUCAUUCUACGUUGAUAAUCUCAUGAUCGGAGCCUCCUCCACCUCCGAACUUAUUGAAUUAAAGGAAGGCAUCGAACAUGCCCUAUCACUCCACGGAUUUCCACUACGAAAGUGGGCUUCAAAUGAUAACAGUGUACUGGAGGGCAUUCCGGAGAAAGAUCUGGAACCCCUGAUUCAAGUAGGAGACCAGGAAGUUAUUAAAACUCUAGGAGUGGGCUGGAACCCCAUGAAUGAUGUGUUCCAGUUCAUCAAUGUAAAGAAUUCGAACGAAGUAAUCAGAUCACUAACGAAAAGACAAAUGGUCUCGAAGAUACUGAGGUUGUACGACCCCAUUGGUCUAAUCCAACCAGUAAUCAUCACGGCCAAGAUCCUAAUGCAGGAUUUAUGGACUCACAACAUUAGCUGGGACGACGAAGUUCCAGACCGUUCUCUUCAGCAGUGGAGAAUCUUUGAAGCAUCUUUAACAGAAUUGAAAUCUAUCGAGAUUCAAAGGAUGACAAUCCCAAGCCAAACCAUUGUCCUUGACUUGCACGGAUUCAGUGACGCAUCGGAGAAAGCUUACGGAUGCGUCAUCUACAUGCAUUCGAUCGAUUUGCAAGGCGAAGAACGCACAAACCUGUUAUGCGCCAAGUCACGGCGACUCCCAGGUGACACUGAGUUGGAUAAAAUCUUCUAG